AUGGGGAACAGAAAAGAACGCCGUCGUGCCGCUCACAGCAACGCUGGUCGCAGAGUCAAACUCGAUCUUUUCGCGGAACCCUCCGGAGAGUUGGGUGGCUCCACUUUACACGGUGAUGCUGGAGGAGAUACCGAUUCACAUCAUCAGCAAGAUGGGUUACCCAAUUCACCCUCUUCUUCAGGUCAACAAUCACAAAAUCCCCUCUUGUUACUUGGGCAAUAUAGUGAUGAUGAAGUGGAUGAGGGAUCAAGUAAAGGGCCAAAUGAAACAGAGGUGCAUAGCCAUGAAGAGGCUAACGGUGUACUCGGUGAAGGAUCCAGAGGCCUGGAUGUCAGUGUCUCUAUAGAUUCUGUUGCUCAGAACAAUGGACUUCAGGAUACAAUGCAAAAUUCAACCUCGAUGGAUUUUAAAUACAGUGAAAAAAAUGGAAGGGAUGUUGCUCUUGGUAAUAUGCACAAUGGAAUAGUUUCCCAAGAUCAAACGAAUGCGUUGGAGCAUUUUGAUGACCGAGAUGGAAGUGGUGUCAGUUCAGGAUGGAAGAUGGUGAUGCAUGAAGAAAGCCAACUUUAUUACUACUGGAAUGUUGAAACCGGGGAGACUUCAUGGGAAGUACCCCAGGUUUUGGUACAAGAGGAUCAUUUGACUAAUGAUCCUUUACCUCAUGUUUCUGUCAACAACAAAAUAAAUAGUGCCACAGUUGGUGUGGAUAAUUCGAAUAUGCUUUCAGCUCCGAUGCUGAGUACUUCUGCUGCUUUCACAAUUGAUGGCACUGUGGAAUCCUCUGCGACUUCUCAUGAAGAUUUAAAUGAUCACGGCCCCCAUAUGAAUGGAUGUAGGGGUGAAUAUACAAAUGAAAAUCAGUAUUCUAAUGUUCAUGGAGAUGAUUUGGUAAAAAACCAUGGUCCCGUGAGUUUAUCUUACGGUGGAGAUCAUCCAAUAAUUUCCAAGUGUAGAGUUGAAGAACAGCAAGUGGAGAUUGAUUUUCCUUCCCGUCUUGUCCAACAGAGUGAGAGUUUAUUAGAGAAGCUGAAAUCACUAAAAAAGUCAAAGGGAACUCUGCAAGGCCAGGAUUUUUUGUCAACUUAUAUGUUAGAGAUUGAGAUUAGACUUUCUGAUUUUAAGUCACUUGCAUCCUAUGGAAAAUCUUUGCUUCCCUUCUGGGUGCACUCCGACAGGAAGAUUAAAGUACUUGAAAGUUUAAUCAAUGAUGAAUUGUUGCAAACUGAUGAAUUAGAAGAUGGUGAAAUUGAGGACAAACAAGUACCUGUCCCUGGAGAAUUGAGUGAGCAACAUAAUGGUGUAGGCAAGGAGUCUGAAGUAGACCACACCGAAAACAAAGACAGCUUUCUUACUUCCGAAGUAUCUACUGGAUAUCAGGCUGAUGCUUCCGCUGUAGCUUUAAAGGACGCAAGUGAUAAAUUUUCCUGCGAUGCUCAGCGCAUUCCAUUGUCUAUUUCUACUGGUAAUCAUAUGGAAACAAGUCUAGAAGUUGACACUCAAAUUGAAGCAACUAUAAAUCCUGAGGAAUCAACCCAUGAACACAUGUAUAAUGUUGGGGAAGAUGUCGACAUGGAUGUUGACAUGGAAGUUGAAGAUAUGAAUUCCCCGGAAAAUGCAACUGUCAUGGACGCGUCAGAUGCAAAUGAUUCCGUUCAAAUAGACCAAUCAUUUCAGUCGAAUCCACUUUUCGAACACCAUUCUUUGUUGCCCGAGGAUGCGUUUGUUGUGCCUCCUCCUCCCGAUGAUGAAUGGAUUCCUCCACCACCCCCAGAUAACGAGCCGAUGCCUCCACCACCACCGCCUGGUGAUGAUCAGAUGCCCCCUCUUCCACCUGGUGAUCCACUAGCAACUUGCUACCAUGUUAUCCCAUCUUACACAGAGACAGGCCAACCCAUUUCGUAUGCUCAAUAUAAUCCAUCUUAUCUUGGCGCUAGCUCUGAGUAUUAUGGUCAGACAGCUGCUGAAGUCCCAACUAGUAAUAUAUAUGGACAAAUCGCUAUGCCACCUGCACAACUCUACUAUAGUGCAGUUCCUAACAUGUAUAGUGAAAAUUCUCAAAUUAUGAUCAACCCGGCAGAUCCUGCCGCUGCUUAUUAUGAGGCUCAAGAUGGAGCUGAUUUGAAACCCAUACCAGAUAUCAAUGUUAGUGAUUCUGGUGGUGUUGGUGGGGAUGACAGGAUCUCUAGUGAUAUUCCGUCCAUAUCAACAUCCAUCCAUAAUCCUGCAACUGUCUCAGUUGAUGGCAGUGUUUCACUGCCAGCAUCUACCUCUGAAGCUGUUGCUGACAAGACCACCUCGUCAUUAGCUGCCAAAGCACAAACUAAAGUUGUCCGUAGCAGAAAACGGGCAGUUGCAGUUGGAUCUUCAUUGAAGUCUAAUAAGAAGGUUUCAAGUUUGGUGGACAAGUGGAAGGCAGCUAAAGAGGAGUUGCUUGAAGAAGAGGAAGAACCUGAGAGCGUGCUUGAGGCCUUAGAAAGAAAGCGCCAAAGGGAAAUAGAGGAGUGGCGCGCAAAGCAAAUUGCAAGUGGAGAGGCCAAAGACAAUGCUAAUUUUCAACCUUUGGGUGGUGAUUGGCGAGAAAAGGUCAGACGCAAGAGGGCAAAAGCAGCAAAGGAAACUGUUGGCAAAGUGGAGGUUGCAAUUGAGCAUAGUAAUCAAAAGAAGCCAGAUAUUAUCGAACUUUCCAAGGGUCUUCAAACUAAUUGGCAGGCUUAUUGGGAUGAGGCCUCAAAGCAGGUUUAUUAUGGUAACGUUGUCACAUCAGAGACGACAUGGACCCGACCGACGAGAUGA